AUGGCGCCGUCUCCGCCCUCUUCAACAACCACCGCGUCCUCCUUAACCACCUCAUCAUCUACCUCUUCCUCUCAAACAUCUACAAUUUCAAACGAGAGGUGGAAUCCUAAAUUCAUGGAUGAUUCCGACCUUUCAGAGCUUUCAGAGCUGAGCUCUCCACCAGCAUCCCCUCAAUCCCCUCCGAGCUUCAUUCCCUCGCCGCCUCCAUCUCAAGACGCGGGCGACUCGUCUAGCGCCGCACGCGGCCAAGGCGGCCUCUCCCCCGCCAGAAAGAAGCGUCGCGUAGCCACCCCCAAAGAGCGCACCACGCAACAGCUCGAUCUGUCCGGCGAUUCAGGGCUCAGCUUUGGCGAACAGCAGGCCCAGGUUGAUUUACUAGUCAAAACGCUUCGUCGUCAUCGCAAGAUUGUCGUCAUCGCGGGUGCUGGUAUCUCCACGUCUGCAGGCAUUCCUGACUUUCGCUCUACUGAUGGCCUCUUCAAAACACUCCAGAAAAAACACAACCUCAAAGCUUCCGGCAAGCUUCUCUUCGACGCUGCCGUCUACCAGGAUGAGUCCUUGACCGCCUCCUUUCAGGAUAUGGUGCGGUCGCUGUCGGAGGAGGCGGCCAAGACCUGCCCGACCGCGUUCCACCACAUGCUAGCUCGUCUGGCACAGGAGAACCGGCUCACACGACUGUACACUCAGAAUAUCGAUGGCAUUGAGACAUCGAUGCCACCUCUGGCAACCCAGAUCCCUCUGAACGUAAAGGCACCCUGGCCGCGCACGAUCCAAUUGCACGGCAGCCUCGACAAAAUGGUCUGCCAAAAAUGCCGUCAUCUUCUCGAUUUCGACCGGGAAAUGUUCAACAGGCCUGACGCUCCUGAGUGCCCCGAGUGCUCGAAGAAUAACCAAUUUCGCAUCGAGACCGGACAACGCAGUCACGGAAUUGGCAAGAUGCGACCGCGGAUUGUACUGUACAACGAGCACAACCCGGACGAGGAGGCGAUUACCUCGGUCAUGAAUGCAGAUAUCCGGUCACGACCAGACGCCCUGAUCGUGGUCGGCACUAGUCUGAAAAUCCCCGGCGUACGUCGUCUGGUGAAGAGCCUCUGUUCCGUGAUCCGCACGCGUCGCAACGGCGUCACUAUGUGGAUCAACAACGAGCCGCCUGCCGGCAAGGAAUUCGAAGAUUGCUGGGAUCUGAUGGUCAAGGGUGACUGUGAAGAAGUGGCGCGGCUUGCMGGUCUGAAACGCUGGGAUGACGAUUCCGAGGACGUGUUUGACGAGUGCAACUCCUCCGAGGUCGAGCGGGUGAAGAAGGAACAAGGUGCUGUAUCCAUUGUCAUCCGAACGCCGAAGAAGAAGCAGAAGACGCAAACAGGAAUUCUUACGCCUUCCUCUAGCCACGACGAGGAGUCAGCAGAAUUGCGACACAAGCACCCAUCGAACGGUGGCUCUCUCAACAAUCCUGCCAGCCGGGGACGGAGUCUCAAAGAUGUGCUCAACAAAGCAAAAAGCGGCGAACCCAAGAAAGCCGCGCCGAAGAAGAGUGCGCCCAAGAAGCGAGGCAAGAAAGCCGACCCGGCGCACAAUGCAAAGAUCACCGCCUUCAGCAAAGUCACCAAAACUUCGAGGGCAGCGACUGGCGAUACUGGCAAAUCCGUCAAACUGGAAAAGGAUGAUACGAAACCGAUGCAUCCGCUUCCGCCUGGUGCGGCGCGCAAUAACGGGCCUCUCUUCCCUAACCUGGUCGGUAAAGGAAACACUUCUCCGUGCGCUGGACUCUGGAGCAACCCUGACACGAUUUCUCCCAAAUCGGUUCCGAAGGGGAUGAAGGAUCUACUCAAUCCUCCGAGUCCGUGA